AUGGCCGAAGUGCCAAGAGGGGUAAAAUAUCCAAAGAUAGUCACAAAGUUUGCUGGUGAAGUUGGAGAAUCCACUACUGAACAUGUUGCUCGAUAUUUGGUCAAGAUUGAAAACUUAGCCAAUGAUGAAAAUUUGAAAAUGAAGUUUUUUCCUUCUUUACUAAUGAAUAAUGCAUUUGCUUGGUUUUUAAAUCUCAGACCAAAUUCGAUAGCAACAUGGAAUCAGUUGGAAACUGCUUUUCACGCUCAGUUUUACCGAGGGAAAAUGAAUAUGGCAGUUACUGAUCUAGUGGCUUUGAAACGUGAAGAUGGUGAAACCAUUGAUGAUUAUUUAAUACGUUUUAAAAAUGCUAAGAGUAGAUGCUAUGUGUCAUUACCUGAAAGUGAGAUAGUGAAAAUAGCAACCAUGGGGCUAGAAUUUUAUAUGCGUAGAAAAUUGCUUAAUGUGCAUAUUUUUGAUUUAGCCCAUUUGGCUGAAAAGGUUCGUCAGACCGAACUCAUGAAAAAAAAGAAAGAGAAGUACAGGAGUGAGCAAAGAUCGAAGAGUAAACCUUUUACUCGAAAAGAAAAGGUUGCAUAUGUGACCAUGGAGUCUUCAGAUGAGGAAGUCGAUUUCGAAACAGAAGUCGAUUUGGCCGAACUUAAGAAAGGCCCUCCAUAUGGUAGAACUUUACUUUCGGUGAAAGAUUUAAAAGGGAAACCUUAUUGUAAGUUUCACCAGGCAACAAGUCAUUCGACUAACAGUUGUGUUCGUUUCAGGGACUUAAUUCAGGAGGCAAUAAUGGAAGGACGAUUGAAAUUCGAUGAUGGCAAGAAGGAAAUGAAGGUUGACGUUGAUUGA